AUGGAGGCCGGUGGGGCAGGGAGAGAUCCUAGGGAUGGUCGACAUGAUAUUGAAGGCAAUGUCACAAAUCUUUUUGACUUUAGCGAUAUCGAGGGCAGUCCAGAGUUAAACACAAACGAAUUGAUUAGAGCUACGUCAUCCGACGCUUUCGAGCCAAGAAAACGAGUUGGAAGGCGAAAACACCGUAAUUCUAAGCUAGGAUGUCUUGAAUGCAAAAAGCGACGCAUAAAGUGUGACGAGACAUUGCCAGAGUGUCGAAACUGUCGCAAUAGGGUCCAAAAACCUGGCGACGUGGCCCAUCAGUGCUCUUAUCUUCGAAUGAGUGAAGAGCAAAUCAAGGAGUUCAAGACACUGAAAAAGCAAAACUGCUCAGCACACCUGUCGCGUGCUGCUCGCAACAGUAGUUACCAGCUGGAACAAAGCGAGCCCUUGGCAGAGGAUUUAGCGGUCGAGAUCGUUAUGAUACCACACCGACGUGUAGAUAUACCAGAAUCGGCAUGGAUUUGUAUGGUUGGUAUGGAAAAUAUGAGAGUGCCAAGAGCGCUGUAUUUGCAGUUGCUUUUGAACUGCACCCAGGACUGGAGCCUGUCGACGAAAGGAUUUGUUGUGCUGGCCAUUUAUGCAUCUAUCAAGAGCCUCACGCGGAAGAUUGAGAUUGCUCAGAAACGGAAGCGCCUCGCCGCAGCGCGCGACCUUCUCAUUGAGCGGGCUUCAAUGGAAAACAUAGCGGUAAGAUACCACGGCCAGCUGCUGUCUUUCGUACGACAUAUCAUAUCGACCUUUUUAACAUCAGAGCUUUCACAAGGCGACAAGCUUGUUGGGACACGGCUGCUGAUUAGCAACUCAAAUAUUCAGUACACACUGAUGUACAAAAACUCUGGAUAUGACGAUAAGCACCACAUUGCAAUGAUUGAUAUGUGCAUUGAGAUGUCUCGAAAGAACAAGAUCGAGAAGCUCACACGAGCUCUUCACUAUUAUUGGGUCUCUUUGCCCCUUCAUUUGACGCUCCUCUACUAUCCUGCAUACUCUACUGACUUACUCUACGAAGUUGUGGAUGUACUGCGAAAACUCAAACCGUUUAUCUCGUCCGUGAGUGACCGGCGUCUUGAGCUUCAUUAUAAGGAGCUGACCGGGUACCUCAAUUAUUUGGUGAGUCUUCUGCCUUUGGCCUCCGGUGUUAUGCCGCUCCCUAUCGACACCAUGUAUGAGGUUUACAGGCGUUGGACGCUAAAUGUCCCUGGAGAAGCGUUUUGUAUUCUUGACUCAAUGUCAGGCGUACAUCGGGUGUUUUACACUUUUUACCAUUCAAUUCCCGCGUAUCUCAACAAUUUGUUCCCCGCAGGAUGUUACCUGAUGUCGCGUCCGUUCUAUGGGCCCACAAGCUUCUAUCCGUUUUCACUCAAGACCAUUUUUUACGACUUGGAACCCAGACUAGGACCGUUUGCCGAAUUUUCGAUUAGGCUAGUAUCCUUUAUGGAGAGAAGAAGCUACAUGCUACGCAAUUUCUUUACCGUUGUAAAUCCGUUUCCCAUGAAAGUCUCAGAGCAAAGAUUCCACAAUCGGAAAGUGUGUAACAUGACUGAGAAGUUCAUAAGCUCAUUAAGAAACCAAAUUAUUGGCUGGGAAAAUUAUCCGGAUAUCUUUCCGAUAGAUGAACGCGACAAUAAUCUUUUUCAUGCAGCUGUAAGAGAACCUGCGCUUUCGCAAAUCGAAUCAUGGAGAGCCGCGAAAGCUCAAUCUGGCCCAGAGGCUGGGGUGUUUGAUGCAUACACCAUGGAGCCAAAAGAUAUGCCAGGUUCAAUACUACUGGGCGAGAUUCUCAAAGAUAUGAAAUGUGACGAGGAUUAUUCUAUGGAUCGCCGCAAAACUCUACUUCUUACGCCCGCAGUAAAAUACUCCAGUGGGGUCGGGCAUGCAAUAACCGAACGAGGCAUGUUUGACAAGGAUUGCGACAUCACUUUAUUCUUUGAGCCGAAACCACCGGCACUGCUUGCGACGUCUCCUACUAUAGAAGACAUUGAAAGGUAUAAGCUAGAUCGAUUGUGUUUGAUACGAGACUCGGACAAGAAUUUGAUAUAUUAG